GAAAAUUGUGCACUGAAACUUUUCUGUUGAUUCCAUUAUAAUUUGUAAUACUUUUUUUUUUGAAUAGGAUUUCACAAAUGAAAUGGUCAAGUGAUCACGAUGUUUUUCUAGGAAGAGAGAUGAUGCUUUUUGAGUUGUGGAAGUUCAAAGCAGGGAGCCGGGAACGAGGAAACUGCCUAGACAGAAUCGCAGAGAGUCUAAACAGUCGCCAAGAGAAACCUACAUUKACUGUUUCUCAGAAGGCCAUUCGGGACAGGAUGAAAAUUAUGGAAAGGGAAUUUAAGAAGAAAGAAAGGACCGAAAAAAGCGCAUCUGGGAUUUCUCCAGAAAAAACCGAGCUGGAUGAAAUUAUGGAAAACUGCAUUCAGUUAAGAGACGAGCAGGAGGAGUUGGCCGAGAAAUCAUCAGAGGAAGAUAAAAAGAAGAUGGAGAAAAAUAAGGAGUUGGCAGAGGAAAUGAGAAACAAGGCAAUGGAACGCCUCUCGCAACAAAAGAAAGAUGGCAGUGACACACCAAAAAAGAGAAGGAAACAAAAUGAUGCCAUGGAAUAUCUAAAAGAAUCCACUGAGAAAGAAUUCGAGUUAAGAAAGGCAGAGUUGGAAAUAAAGAAGCAGCAGGAAGAAAGAGCGAAAGUUGAACAACAAAGAAUGUUUUGAGCAACAGCAGGAAAUGGUAAGGCAGGUCCAAGAUCAAAUGAAAACCCAGCAACAACAGUUUCAAAUGUUCAUGCAAAUGUUCAUGAAUCAGCAAAAUACCCAAGCUCAGGUAUUUCAUGAACUGUUGAAAAAAGACAAGUAAAG